GUCGCAGUUUUUUGGACGAACGACGGCUUCUCGUGAGUAAUCGGGUUAGUUCCUGCCAGCCGAGUCUCCUGGGUAGCCUCGCUUCUUGGUCGUCUCUCCAAUCGUCGCGUCCACGUCUUCGUUGGGCGCGCGAAAGAGAUCGAGUUCGAAGAGGACUUCGAAUUUCAAAACGAUCGCCUUCCUAUCAGCGAACAUUACUGUUCUUUUUCGAGGAUACGUACAAGGGAUAUAUCGUGCGCUGAGACGUCGCAAUAUCCGUAGAUAUCGUUGAAUCACAUAGACACUAAACCGAUAUCAAAAUGGGUUGUUUCGGAAGUAAAGAUAAGUUGAGCAAAGAAGAUAUGGACUUCCUCAAGUCGCAUACGCGAUACGACGAAGCGACUAUAAAGGAAUGGUACAAAGGUUUUAAACAAGACUGUCCUAAUGGCAGGUUAACGCCGGCGAAAUUUGUCGACAUGUACAAAAUGUUCUUCCCAUCCGGUAACGCGGAAGAAUUCUGCGACCACGUGUUCCGCACAUUCGACAUGGACAAGAAUGGCUACAUCGACUUUAAGGAAUUCCUAUUGGCGAUUGACGUAACGUCCAGCGGCACGCCGGAAGAAAAACUGAAAUGGGCGUUCCGCAUGUACGACGUUGACGGCAACGGCGUUAUCGAUAUGCAGGAAAUGACGAAGAUCGUCCAGGCGAUAUACGACAUGCUCGGCGCAUGUUCGAGCAAUAGGCCGGCAGACAGCGCAGAGGAAAGAGCGAAGAAUAUAUUCGCGAAGAUGGACGAGAACAACGAUGGGCAGUUAACGCAGGAAGAAUUUCUGAAGGGUUGCCUCCAGGACGAGGAGCUGUCGAAGAUGCUCGCUCCUUAAUCCCGACGUCGCCGCACUUCCGCACGAGUCGUCGACGCGCGAUCGUAAAGGACACCACGCCCCACACCGACUCCCUCAUAGAACUCGACGGAAACGUCAAAACGCCGGCAACAAUAAACCCACCACCAAAACGGACACUCGCGAACACACACGCAUCAUUUACACGCGACACGUAUCAACGACAAUUUCCUAUUAACUAUGACAUACGCUAUUAUUGUGACGGUUCGAUAACCAGGCAGUCGCUCGUGCCCGACGAGGAGGGCACGAGCCAUGAUAACUCGAUCGAGGAUGAUAGAUAAACGAGGAGGAAUAGCGAUUCAAAUCGAAUUACUGUCGAUCCCCGUGGGAACAAGACUUGAAAGAGGAAAAAUUUCGCGAGAGAUAAUAGCACACCGCUCGCCCAGAUAUUCGCAUAGUUGACUGCAGGACAGCAACAACGGUGAUGUGUAAAUGAUCCUAGGUCCUGUCUCGUAAAUAUGAGAAACAAAGAGUGUGACAUCAUCGUUGACGACGGCGAGGGAUCUAAUUAGCUUGUGGAAAUCCUCAUCUGUUUCGCGAAUUCGCCAUGUCGACAAUUGCACAGUGGAUUCCGCCUCGCCGAAUUCGUCAUCCGGAUUCAGGAAUGUCCUUGAAGUGCGGUGUUAGAAUUAACUCGAAUGAGCUUUACGUUCUCAUCGAGGAAGGUGACAAUGUCGGUCGUUGAGGACCGCGAAGUGGCUCUCGAAAUCCGCGUUCGCACCGAGGAUUCAGCUUAACUGGUCCCGGACAAACGAUUCGCUAUCUCUUUCCGGAUUAUGGUCCCG